CAGAGUUUAUAGUGCAACAAACAUUCGUUAACGCGCUUCUGGCACCGCUACACGUUUUUAGCACGAACAUUUACCAAAAUUGCAGUUACGUUCCUCGCAGACUCCCUGCCGAGUUCACUGUUAAUUUUACAAAGGCUUUGCAUUUUGUCUGACAACAUUAAACGAUGGGCGAUGUAGAUGACGUUGAAAGGCCUUCAGGGCCAGUGGAAGAUACCCCAGCAGCUUCGGCGGGCCCUAGUUCUGCAGCCAUAUCUGCCGCAACCGCUACAGCAGGCCUCUUCCGGCGUAAGAAAGGCGGCGGGAACAUUCGUAAGCGCGGUGGGCAAGAUGCAGAUGCUGGCGCCGGAGGAGACGAGGAUGACACUGAGGGCAGCGGCAUUGUGCGGAAGGCGAAGCAGCUGAAGGGUGACGCCCCUCUGGCCUUCACUACCGCUAAGAACGAAAAGCAGGAGCUUAUGGUUGAGUACGCGGGGUCAAAGGCACUCCAAGAGGGGAAAGACACCCUGGUGUCACGUGCCCUGGAGACGGAGACCGAGUACGACCGUGAUGCUAGGGCCCAACGUGAAAGGGUGCUUAAACAGGCCACUGAGGGGGCGGAUGACGACGGCAAGUACAAGGGGAUGAACAACUACAUCGACUAUCGAAAGGGCUUCCGCCGUGAGCACACGGUGGCCUCGGAGAAGGGCACGGGCUCGCACGGCCCCCUGCGCGGCAACGCCUACGUGCGUGUCACGGCUCGCGUUGACUACCAGCCCGACCUGUGCAAGGACUACAAGGAGACGGGGUACUGCUCGUACGGCGACACGUGCAAGUUCAUGCACGACAGAGGGGACUACAAGAGCGGCUGGGAGCUGGAUAAGAUGUGGGAAGAGGAGCAAAAGCGUAAGGCUGAGGCGCUAGCCAAGGGCUGGAACCCCGACGGCGAGGAGGACGAGGAGGGCGAGGGGCGGGGCGCGGAGGCGGAGGACGAGCUGCCCUUCGCCUGCUUCAUCUGCCGGGAGCCCUGGGAGGCAUGCAAGGGGCCGCCCGUGGUGACUCGCUGCAAGCACUACUUUUGCGAGAAGUGCGCGCUCAAGCACAACGCCAAGACGUCCAAGUGUGCUGUGUGCGGGCAGUCCACUCAGGGCAUCUUCAACGUGGCGGCGGACAUCGUCAAGCGGCAGAAGCGGCUGCAGCAGCAACAGCAAUGAUGAUGACAUGGCAGUGAGGCAGAAAGUCUGUGGGUCUAGCAGUGGACACGGGUGUAUAUAGGAACGUAGCGGCAGGCAGCCGCAGGGAGCCAGCACUGGAGGGCAGUAGAGGAC